UUGAACUCAAAUUGGCAACCUGUUCAGAAACAAUUUUCAAGCAAAAAAACUCACCUUUCCAACAAAAAAAUUAUUUCAAAUUGCUUUGGAUAAAAUAAGAAACUAAGAUAAAUACAUUCAAAAUAAAAAAAAGAAAAAAAAAUGAUCAGAACCCAGAAUGCUGGGUUCCGCACAGGAACCCAGAAUCUGGGUUUGGCGCAAGAACCCAGAUCUGGGUUCCUCGUAAGAACCCAGAAUUGGGUUCCCGACGAGGAACCCAGAAUUUGCGUUCCAUGCAGGAACCCAGAACUAGGUUCUCGGCGAGGAAUCGCAAGAGGAGAAAAGGAGAAGAGGAUGGUGAAGAUGGAGGAUGGAGAAGAUGAUUCUGAGGAUGAUGGGGAAAGAAAAAGAUGAAGAAAUGCCACAUCAUCAAAAAAAAAAAAAGUCCAGGUUCAUGUCAUUGUUUGGUACUAUGUAUUACAAAUUUUUAUUGAUUUUACUGUAGUAUUGCAUCCAUUUGUGUAAAAAAAUUAUGCCAUGUCAU